GCGGCGGCGCGGGCAGCUGGCGCCGCGCGGUCCAGCUCGGUCGGGCGCACGGACGCACCGCCGAGCCGACGGCCGGAGGGACGGGGCGCAGGCGCUGGGCCGGCGGGCAGCGAGCGCGAGCCAGAGCCGCGCUCAGUGAGUCGGGCGCCCGCGGCUGCCAGACUCCCGAGUGGCGCCCUCCCGCCGGUGCCAGAACCGGGCCAUGGGGGGCAGCAUGCUGGCGCGCGCCGCCUGAGGACGUCGUAACACCCGCCCCAGCCAUGGGCGCCCCGGCUUGCGCCCUCGCGUUCUUUGUGGCCGUGGCAGUCGUGAUGACCGGCGCCGUCUCCGGAUCCCCGGGCAUGGAGCAGCGCGUCGUGCGGAGAGCAGCAGAGGUCCCGGGCCCUGAGCCUGGCCCGCGGGAGCUGGUCUUUGGCAGCGGGGACACCGUGGAGCUGAGCUGCCCCUUGCCCGCGGGGGCUCCCCCCGGGCCCGCGGUCUGGGUGAAGGACGGCGUGGCGCUGGCGCCCUCCGACCGCAUCCUGGUGGGGCCGCGGCGGCUGCGGGUGUUCAACGCGUCCCACGAGGACGCCGGGGCCUACAGCUGCCGCCAGCGCCCCUCGCAGGGCGUCCUGUGCCGCUUCGCCGUGCGCGUGACAGACGCUCCGUCCUCGGGAGACGACGAAGAGGGGGAGGACGAGGCUGAAGACACAGCAGGGGCCCCUUACUGGACGCGGCCCGAGCGGAUGGACAAGAAGCUGCUGGCGGUGCCGGCGGCCAACACGGUUCGCUUCCGCUGCCCAGCCGCCGGCAACCCCACCCCGUCCAUCUCCUGGCUGAAGAACGGCAAGGAGUUCCGAGGCGAGCACCGCAUCGGGGGCAUCAAGCUGCGGCACCAGCAGUGGAGCCUGGUCAUGGAGAGCGUGGUGCCUUCGGACCGCGGCAACUACACGUGCGUCGUGGAGAACAAGUUCGGCAGCAUCCGGCAGACGUACACCCUGGACGUGCUGGAGCGCUCCCCGCACCGGCCCAUCCUGCAGGCGGGGCUGCCCGCCAACCAGACGGCGGUGCUGGGCAGCGACGUGGAGUUCCACUGCAAGGUGUACAGCGACGCGCAGCCCCACAUCCAGUGGCUCAAGCACGUGGAGGUGAACGGCAGCAAAGUGGGGCCCGACGGCACGCCCUACGUCACGGUGCUCAAGUCGUGGAUCAGUGAGAGUGUGGAGGCUGACGCGCGCCUCCGCCUGGCCAAUGUGUCCGAGCGCGACGGGGGCGAGUACCUCUGUCGAGCCUCCAAUUUCAUAGGCGUGGCUGAGAAGGCCUUUUGGCUGCGUGUUCACGGGCCCCAAGCAGCUGAGGAGGAGCUGGUGGAGGCUGGUGAGGCUGGCAGUGUGUACGCAGGUGUCCUCAGCUACGGGGUGGGCUUCCUCCUCUUCAUCCUGGUGGUGGCCGCUGUGACCCUCUGCCGCCUGCGCAGCCCCCCCAAGAAGGGCCUGGGCUCGCCCACCGUGCACAAGGUCUCCCGCUUCCCGCUCAAGCGACAGGUGUCCUUGGAGUCCAGCUCGUCCAUGAGCUCCAACACGCCGCUGGUGCGGAUCGCCCGGCUGUCCUCGGGGGAGGGCCCCGCGCUGGCCAACGUCUCGGAGCUCGAGCUGCCCGCCGACCCCAAAUGGGAGCUGUCCCGGGCCCGGCUGACUCUGGGCAAGCCUCUCGGGGAGGGCUGCUUCGGCCAGGUGGUCAUGGCGGAGGCCAUCGGCAUCGACAAGGACCGGGCUGCCAAGCCCGUCACGGUGGCGGUGAAGAUGCUGAAAGAUGACGCCACGGACAAGGACCUGUCGGACCUGGUGUCCGAGAUGGAGAUGAUGAAGAUGAUCGGGAAACACAAGAACAUCAUCAACCUGCUGGGCGCCUGCACGCAGGGCGGGCCCCUGUACGUGCUGGUGGAGUACGCGGCCAAGGGCAACCUGCGGGAGUACCUGCGGGCGCGGCGGCCCCCGGGCACGGACUACUCCUUCGACGCUUGCCGGCUGCCCGAGGAGCAGCUCACCUUCAAGGACCUGGUUUCCUGCGCCUACCAGGUGGCGCGGGGCAUGGAGUACCUCGCCUCGCAGAAGUGCAUCCACAGGGACCUGGCCGCCCGCAACGUGCUGGUGACCGAGGACAACGUGAUGAAGAUCGCGGACUUCGGCCUGGCCCGCGACGUGCACAACCUCGACUACUACAAGAAGACCACCAACGGCCGCCUGCCCGUGAAGUGGAUGGCGCCCGAGGCCUUGUUUGACCGCGUCUACACCCACCAGAGUGACGUCUGGUCCUUCGGGGUCCUGCUCUGGGAGAUCUUCACGCUGGGGGGCUCGCCGUACCCCGGCAUCCCCGUGGAGGAGCUCUUCAAGCUGCUGAAGGAAGGCCACCGCAUGGACAAGCCGGCCAACUGCACGCACGACCUGUACAUGAUCAUGCGCGAGUGCUGGCACGCCGUGCCCUCCCAGAGGCCCACCUUCAAGCAGCUGGUGGAAGACCUGGACCGCGUGCUCACCGUUACAUCCACCGACGAGUACCUCGACCUGUCGGUGCCCUUUGAGCAGUACUCGCCGGGCGGCCAGGACACCCCCAGCUCCGGCUCCUCAGGGGACGACUCCGUGUUCGCCCAUGACCUGCUGCCCCCGGCCCCACCAGGCAGCGGGGGCUCGCGGACGUGAAGGACCGCGGCCUGCGGGCCGAGCCCCCAUCAACGUGAGAGUGGACCCCAGCCCGCCGUGCUGCCGCUGGUGUGACCAACGGGUCUCACCGGCCUGGGCUCAAGACCUGGAACUGGCGGACAGACGGACAGACAACUUCCGCGUGUGCGCGUGUGCGCUCUGGGGUCCCCGGCGUGCCCGCCCUGCUGUACGGUGACCUCCUGGCCACCUGGGCCGGCAGCGCCGGUGGACCGGACGUAGAAUGUAAGGGGUCCUCCCGUGGGGCCCCUCCCCAGGCUCCCCUGAUCCCUGCUGCCUCCCCACAGGGAGCAAAGGGGCGGGCCGGGCUGCGGUGUCCAGGGUGGGCUGAGGCCCCCCCACCUCCAAGUGCCCAAGCUGAGCCUACAGGGAAGCCCCCGUGUGGCACACCUCCCCCCCGAGUGGCACCUCGCGCCUGGGGUGAGUGUUAGCGGCUCCCCACCUCCAGGCCUCCCCACGCCCCACCCUGCCCCUCAGAGACUGAAAUUACGGGUACCUGAAGGCGGGAGCCUUUAACUUCUAUCCGAAAGGUUUAUUCCAGAAAUGAGUGUACAUUUAUAUAAAUAGAUGCUGUGUAUAUGAUAUACACAUACAUAUAUAUAUAAAUAUCUAUAUGGAAGAAGGAAGGCUGGUACAACUGAGGCGCGGGACCCUGAGGGUGCAGGGGUGGGGGUGCCCUAGUCGAGGGAGGCCCCUUGGGGGGCUCGCUGUUGAGACACACACAAAACCCAGCAGAGGUCGGAGGGGCUUUUUUGGCACCGCAGUUUUGUUUUAAAAAUUGUUCCUGGACCUGUAUGUUUGUAAAGCUAUUUAUCGACCCCCAGAGCCCGUGUCCCCGUCACUCCCCAGGCUCCUAGUGUUCAGCCAGCUGCACGGCAGAGGUUUAAGUUUUAACUUAUUAACAGUGAGAUGGUUUAUGCUUUGUUUAGGGGCAUUGCUGAGGGUGUGUCCAGCCCACACCCCAAGGCCAGAGCCAGCCCCCUGGCACCCUAAAGGGUCGUUAAUAGUUUGAGAUGAUUCCGUGAGGAUAUUUUAUUUCCUUUGGCCUUCUUUUGCAGGAGAAGUAGAUUUCUAUAGGAUUUUUCUUUAGGAGAUUUAUUUUUUUUAGACUUCAAAGCAAGCUGGUAUUUUCAUAUAGGUUCUUCUAAUUGCCAUGUGUUCCAGGCGGGGAGGCAGUUUCGGCGGUAGGGGGUGGCCAGCCCUGCAUGCAGGUUCAGAUGUUAUUAGAUGUUACAAGUUUAUAUAUAUCUAUAUAUAUAAUUUAUUGAGUUUUUACGAGAUGUAUUUGCUGUAGAUUUAACACUUCUUACGCAAUGCUUCUAGACUUUUGUAGCUCGGACUGCUACCUUUCAAAGCUUGGGAGAGAAAGCCACAAAUUCAGUUUUGUUACUUUUUGUACUGUUAAUGGCCCUGAGUUUGGGCGGCUAUUCUCUGCUUGUCAGCGGGCUCAGGGUGGUCUCGGUUCUCAGGGCCCCCAGCCUUGUGGGGGCCAAAGGCGUUGGCCCAAACCAGCAGACGUGCUUUCCAAAAAAUAAACAGACAACUGGUUCAGAUCCAUGCUUUCUUGUCUCCUGGAGUCCCGGGCAGCUCCCGGGUGCGCAGUGCCCACCUGGGACAAGUCCUGUCAUCUGUCCCCCGAGGAGGGAGGGGUCACUAGUUGCUGCUGGAGCAACAGCUGCAGGGGUGGGGGCCCCAGACUAGACUGGCUGCCUGGGUCUUGUGCUCUCCAAGGCUUUCCAGCCCAGGUCUUUGGCUCAGAGGGGAUGUGUCCUGGGCAGAGCUAGGGUGAGGGUGAUCCGCUGUGCCCAGCUGCACGGGGGCCCGACGCUGGCAGGGCGGAACCUCAGGGUCACCAGUGGUCUUCACUGCCUUGGUCGGGGGUCUCCAAGGGCAGGGAAUGCAGGUGAUGUGUUUGCGGGAGGGGGCAAUGGG